AUUUACUAUGUCUUGAAUUAGAAAGGACAUGUGCACAUAUUGACAACAGUCUAAUCGAAGGAUUAAUACAAAUUUUAUGAAAAUAGAUUUUUAGUGUGGAUUAUAUUACUGUUGAAGUGAAAAGUGGUAUAUUUUUUUUACCUUGAGUGAUUAAUUUAUAAUUCAUCUCACUGAAAAUAUUUUUAAGGAAUAUAUGAUACAGUUUAGUUUUAGUAUGAUAUUACUUGAUAGGGGAGGUUAAAGCAACAGCUAUGGUGAAGUCAUUAAAAAAGGAUAUAUUUGAUAUCAUAGAUAAUGGCAGUGUAAAAGGUUUUAGUUGUAAACAAAUGGAGGACCCAAAUAACAAUGUAGAGACGUGCCCUCGUAUAGAGAGGUCCGAUCCUCUGAUCGGGAAGUCCGAUAGCAAAAAUCAACCCUUGGACAAUGUUAAUCUUGUGUUCACAAGUAAUGACGGUGAAAACUUUUCAAUAACGCUACAUGAAGUUAUAGGAAGGGGUAUAAGUAGUGUAGUUAGAAAAUGUACAGAAAAGAAUACGGGUAAAGAAUAUGCCGUAAAGAUCAUUGACAUCAGUGGCGAACGAUCAGACUCGUACCAAACCGAACAGACCAAGGAUGACACUAUACGAGAGAUUAACAUUCUACGCAUGUGUACUGGUCACGAACAGAUAAUUGAACUCCAUGAUGCAUUUGAAACCCCCACCUUCAUCUUUCUAGUCUUUGAAUUAUGUAAACAGGGAGAAUUGUUUGAUUACCUAACUCAAGUAGUAACCUUAUCAGAAAAACGUACUAGAAUAAUUAUGAAGCAAUUACUAACAGCGGUAGAGUAUUUACAUAGCAAAAAUAUAGUCCAUAGAGAUUUAAAGCCUGAGAAUAUACUCUUAGAUGACAACUUGAAUGUAAAGCUGUCAGAUUUUGGUUUUGCCACAGUUCUAGGUCCAAAUGAAGAAUUAGCAGAAUUAUGCGGAACACCUGGUUACCUCGCACCUGAAGUACUGGCUGUCUCAAUGUACGACAACGUGCCCGGGUACCGACAUGAGGUAGACAUGUGGGCGUGUGGAGUUAUUAUGUAUACAUUAUUGUGUGGAGCGCCGCCUUUCUGGCAUCGUAAACAGAUGCAAAUGUUACGAAUGAUUAUGCAAGGGAAUUAUAAAUUUGGGAGCCCGGAAUGGGAUGACAUCAGCCUGCCACCAAAAGAUCUGAUUUCCAAAUUGUUAGUCGUUGAUCCACGAAAAAGACUUACUGCAAAAGAGGCUUUAGAGCAUACUUUCUUCCAACGAGAGAUCACUCCAGAGAAGAAGUUUGAAGCAAAGAAACAUUUUAAGGCAGCAGUAUUGUGUAUCAACUUUUUUUACCGGCUGAAGUUCUUCUUCAACAAUCCACCACCGGUUUCCAUAGACAUUCUUAAGUCCAAUCCAUACAGUGUCAAAUUUUGCCGGAAAUUGUUGGACGGUUGUGCUUUCAAAAUGUACGGACACUGGGUGAAGAAAGCAGACAAUCAAAAUCGUGCUGCUCUGUUUGAGCAUGUGCCACGUGACGAAUGGCAGUCGGAAUUUCCCAGAUGAUGACUGAUUCUAUGUUAGGAAAUUAACCGAAUGAUUUAAAAUGUGUAGAUGUUCAGCUCCAGAAAUUGUGAUAUCACAAAUGCUUUUAGGGAAACUGUUUGUGUGGAACUAUUUGCACACCUACGUCCCAGUUCGCUUGAUUAGGAACGUUUACGUUAGAUAGCGACCAGUGUUUACAACUACGAGGAUGAAUUAUUCCAUUUUUGCCUAGCUUUCUUAUAGUUGGACAGAUAUUUUUUGGGAUAUAUUUAAAAAGAAGACUUGAAUUGCCCGCGUUUUUUUACAAGACUUGACAUGCUCGUUCUAAAGCAUAACCUUAGAAUGACGUAACUUUGUUAAAGCACCAAUUUUAACUAGUCUACAAAAAUUGUAAGGCGUUUGAACCAGGUGAUUUGAAUUAAGUGCUGUGUAAUUGUGGGAAUGGAGUGCUUGUCUUCCCAUUCCAUGUUGUUGUUGGCUUUGUAUGUCUUUUUUUGUUGUUGUUGCUGCAGGCUUCUAUGAAAUAAUUGCUAAAUUUUCUGCCUUGGAUGAUACAUAUGUAAAUUUCUUUCCCUGGAUUGUACAUGCAUAAAAUUUUUCUUUUAUAUCGUGUACAAAAACUCUGUAAUUUCUUUUUCAAUCGUUCUUUGCAAAUGAGAAGAAAUAGCUGUUCAGAAUAAGGAAAUGAUUCGUAAAUUCAAGAAAAAUGAUCAAAAAUUUUGGUACAAAAUUUGGUUAGUUGGGUGCUCGUAAAAAUAGCCAGAGAAUCAAGUAAAUUUUGGCAGUUAAAAGUACUGGUAUUUAUAUGGCUUGUGGUAUAAAAUUUUGCAGUUGUUUUGUAGUAGCCAAAAUGAUCAAGUGUUAAACAGAUCAAGGGAGAAUUUUCAAAUGGUUCAGAGGACAAUAUUUUCAUAUAUUUUCUUUAAGUAUCACUGUCACAGCCUUUUAACAUAGUUUUGAAAGUAUGUGAUCUCGUAUUUUCAUUCUUGCACACAUUUGUUCUGUAUCACUAGCAGAGAAAACAUGGAAAUAAUACAAGUUCAUUGAAGUUGGGUAAACUGGCAACUAGACUUGUAAACUGGCAACUGACCAUAGGUAAAAUGGCAAUCAGUUGUAGGUAAACUAGCAACCAGUUUGAGGUAAAUUAGCAAUCAGUCUUAAACAAACUUAAAAAACAUUCUGUGUUGAUUGCUGGUUCCACUUUUCUCACUAUAGAAAUACUUAUACUUUUUGAAACAAUGGUACAUAAUUAUACAAUGUACAUUUUGUAUAUCUAAUAUAAACAAAUUAUCAUUAUUUGAAAGUGACAGAGAAUUAGUUUUUGCUUUCUUGUGAAUUUUUAAUCCCCCGUCGUGGGGGAGGGAUUAUAGGAAUGGUCUGCAUCUGUCCGUUCUUCCUUCCGUCCGUCUGUCCGUCCUUCCGUCCGUAACAAAAUCUUGUCCGGUCCAUAUCUCCUAAACCCCUUGAAGGAUUUUCAUGAAACUUGGGUCAAAUGAUCACCUCAUCAAGACGAUGUGCAGAACCCAUGAGUCAGCCUUGUCGGUUCAAGGUCAAAGGUUUGCGCCUGCCAUUUUGUGUCCGCUCUAUAUCUCCUAAACCCCUUGAAGGAAUUUUAUAAAACUUGGGUCAAAUGAUCACCUCAUCAAGGCAAUGUGCAGAACUUAUGAGUCAGCCAUGUCUGCUCAAGGUCAAGGUCACAACUGAAGGUCAAAGGUUUGAGCCUUCCAUUUUGUGUCUGCACUAUAUCUCCUAAACCCCUUGAAGGAAUUUUAUAAAACUUGGGUCAAAUGAUAACCUCAUCAGAACGAUGUGCAGAAAUUAUGAGUCAACCAUGCCAGCUCAAGGUCACGGUCACAACUAAGGGUCGAAGGUUUGAGCCUUCCAUUUCGUGUCCACUCUGUAUCUCCUUAACCCCUUGAAGGAUUUUCAUCAAACUUGGGUCAAAUGAUCACCUCAUCAAGAACUCAUGAGUCAGCCAUGUCAAGUCAAGGUCAAGCUCACAACUGAAGGUCAAAGGUUUCAGCUCUGUAUCUCCUAAACCCCUUGAAGGAUUUUCAUGAAACUUUGGUCAAAUGAUCACCUCAUCAAGACGUUGUGCAGAAUUCAUGAGUCAGCCAUGUCAGUUUAAGGUCAAGGUCACAGCUAAAAUCAAAGGUUUUACCCUUUCACUAUCCAUAGCAGUGGCGGGGGAUUUAGCUGUCUUUCAGACUGCCUUGUUUUUUUUUGCCGUCAACUUCUAUUGAUGCUUUAUUAACAAAUGCUAUGAUUUAACAAGGAUACUAAGUAGAUGGUCAAAGUUAACCCUUAGCCUGCUAAAUUUCUAAAAUGGACUGUUCCAUCAUUCAGUUUGGGCAAUACCAUUUAUUAUUCGAAGGGGUGUUCACUGAAAAUUUACUAACUGAAUAGCGAACAGUGCAGACCAUGAUCAGACUGCACGGAUGUGCAGGCUGAUCUUGGUCUGCACUGGUCGCAAAGGCUGAAAUAUUCGCCGCCAGCAGGCUAAAGGUUUAUAGACCCUUGGCACUAAAGUGUCUUCAGUUUGAUUCAUAUUUCAUGGUUUUGCUAUCAGCAGUUUGGCAUUUGACAAGAAAACUUUUGGGCAAAAUCUGCUUACUUAAAUCUUUACCCUGCAAAAUUUCUAAAAUGAACUGGUCUGUCAUUCAAUUUGGGCAGUACCAAUUAUAUUAUUUGAAGGGGUGUUCACUGAAAAUUUACAGACUGAAUAGCAAACAGGGCAGAUCAUGAUUAGCCUGCACGGAUGUGCAGAAUGUGUAGGCUGAUCUUGGUCUGCUCUGUUUGCAGAGGUAGAAUCACUUGCUGCCAGGAUGCUAAAGGUUAAAAUGGUGAACUUGAAUCCGGUCUUUACUAAACAAAAGAAGUAAAUGAAAUAUUGUAUGUGAUAUUCAAAGCUCAUUUUUGCGUAUAAUUCAUGUUUUUACUAUAGCAUGGUUGGAAUUAUCUAAGGUUAUGGCUAGCCUAGGAGAUUUUAUGGGGUAGAGGAUUUUGUCCAAAGUUGCACAUUCAGCCAAGCUAUAGUAAAAAAAAAAUCACAGUUCUAGACUACCUGCACUGAUUUUGUAUUUUUUCUUUUGCACAUUUGGAAUAUUUGGAAAUGGUAUGCCAUUUAUUUCCUGUGGGUAAAAUUUUGAUUCCUUAGAGUACAGUACAUACCAUGUGUUUAAAAUUUAGUACAUAAUCGAGAAUUACUUCGUUAUAGGUCUUUGUUAAAAAAAUAAUUCUAAAAGGAACUACUUUUUUAAAUAAAAAGACAAGUUACAGAUGUUGUAUUUACUAAGUUCAAGGCUAGACUGAAGAACAUGAUUGUUUUUAAAAUAUUUUUGUGCUACUUGUACAUGGUAUAAUACUAGGGUAAUUUUAUCUGUUUUAACGAGUUCCUUUCUGGAAAAUGAUACAACAGUCGGGGUUAGUAUUUCUUAAAACUUUUGCAUGCAACAUUUAAAUGCACAAAAUAUCAAAUUAACUGGCAAUGUGUUCUACCAUUUUAGAUAGAAACUUUAUUUAUGUAAAAAACUUUUUUUUCACUGACGUUUUGUCACAAGAAAUUUGAUUGUGUAUCAGAAAUUGUAGAUAAUAUAUCGCCACACAAUGUCUGCAAACUAGUCUACAGAGUAUGUGCAUUGUGUAAAAAUUCAUCAAUGAGUAGUGCGUAUACGCACCAUCUGUGAAUGAGUAUUUACAGCAGAUCAAACUGAAAGUUUGCAUUACAGUCACUCACAUUUUCCAAAAUGAAGCCGCAUUUUGUUAAUAUGCAAGCUAAAAUUCAAACCCCGACAGUUGAACUGGUUUUCCAGGCUUGUGCAUUGAUACCGAUAAGUUACCAUUGAACAACUUUAUUGUAAGCUUCUUCCUGUUGCAAGUUAAGUUACUCAAAUAGGCUGAUAAUUCUCCUGCUGCUUUCAGUAAAGAAAAUGAUAUAAACACAAUCCAAUACUUAAUCAAAUUUAAGUGAUUUGCUAUUAGGUCUUUCUAAGGUGUAUUGCCUUUAUUUUGCCAAGUUCAUUUCACCCUGUUUGACAAAAAAAGAUUAGAGGUUGAAAUCUUCCAAGAAGUGUAAAAAAAAACGCAAAAAACACAUUAAAACUUUUACAGAACACUUGUUAAAUCCAUUAUUGAAGGUAAAUUUUGUAAAUUAGAAGAAACCUAUUUGUUUAACGGAUUUUGUGGAGAUCUUCCACAAGUUCUGUAAGCGCACUGAAAUCUUAGCCUCUUCAUUUUCAGGGAAACACUGGACUUUUAUCAGUCUACAAGAGUAACAAGAGGUUUUACAACUUGUUUUAUAUGGUGGAAUGGCAUCCAUGAUUAAACAAAUUGUUUUACUGUGACGAUUUUAUUUUGUCUGGAUAUAUUACUGUCUUUGCAAUGUGUAUAUAAGAUUUUUUAUUUAUUUUAACAUUGAACUACUUGCUAAAGUAAAACUGUGACAUACGCUCCCAUGAACCAAACAAAUAAAAAAUACAAAGACACAA